AUGUUCGUCAGGUCGGCAUUAGCAAUGGCUUUGAGCCAUAGUAGUAUAAGCUUAACAACAACAUUAGCAUCCAUUUCUCCAAAAGCCCAAUUUGUUAUUGCUCCCAAGACCAACCCUUUUGUCUUAGAUUCUAGUUGCCUUAAAGUGCACAAAAGAAGCUCCAUUUCUGUUCGAGCUAUGGGUUCUUCUGCUUCUUCUUCUUCUUCUCAGAAACCUGACAGCAUUCAAGUGCGUUAUGUUAUUGGAAUUCUAUAUCACGCCUUUCAUACAUCAAAAUUCUCAGUGAAAAAGGACUUGAGAGAUCUCAAAGAUGAUGAUGGUGUGGAACAGUGGACUAAUAGAUAUCAUCCUUUAUUUAUGGAGAAGCUGAUUGAUAGUCUCAAACUGUGGUGUCCAAGUCAACUGACUGAUUUGAUUCUUUGUGGCAUGGUGAAUCUUGUUGAUUUAGGGAGAUUGUAUUCUGAAUGUUUAGUGACAAGAGAUGUUGACUAUGCCUCCUUGAGGGAUGAAGAAUGGAAGAAGAAGCUUACAGACGAACAAUUUUACAUCACUCGACAAAAGGGGACUGAAAGAGCUUUCACUGGAUCAUCCACUAAAUUUGACAGUGGAACUGGUUGGCCAUCGUACUAUCAGCCCAUAGGAAAUAAUGUGAAGUCAGAGUUAGACUUGUCAAUUAUUUUCAUGCUUCGUCAGGAAGUUGUCUGUGCUGUUUGUAAUGCUCAUCUAGGGCAUGUAUUUGACGAUGGUCCCCCACCCACAGGACAGCGUUAUUGUAUCAAUAGCGCUUCCUUGAAGCUGAAGCCCAAAUAA